CCCCUCCGAAUCCUUACCGCUUGCCGCAUUUUCACGUUCUUCCCCGCAUUUUCUCGUCUUCCACCAUUGGCGCUAGUCCCCCAAAUGGCGGCCCUAUCUUACCUCUGCUCCCCGCAUUUCGCGCCGGUGGAUAUUGUGCGCAUUGCCCCGCGCACGCCCCCGCACAAUGCCGCACGCGCCGUUCCCCGUACGUCCCCGCGCGCGUCCUUCUCCGCUCGCCCCCUCGCUCUUCACCGCGAGCACGCGCAACAGCAGCUUGCGCCAUUCCCCCCGCCACCAUCUUCCCCCGCUCCCCCGAAGGGGGUGCCGCUCCCCCGGCGGCACACCCGCUCCCGCCAUUCGGUUCCGCCCAGCCACCCCCGCGGACAUGGGGACGAUUCAGCGACUGGUGCUGUCAGAAUUCAUGAAUCCCCUCAGUCUGGACGUGCGGCGCUUCGUGGUGGCAGAGGCAGCAGCAGCAGCAGCAGCAGCAGCAGCAGCAGGAGAGGGUGCCGGAGGGGCAGGGAAGGGGGAGGUGGAAGCAGGGUGGCGGUUGGUGGGCGCAGGGCAGAUGAAGGAGUGGAAGCCAGAAGGCGGGUAGGGGCAGGAGCAGGGCCUCUGAUGGAGUUGAGGAGCCUGGUCGUGCUGCCAGAAUGCGAGGCCAUGGCAUAGGUUCCAAAUUGGUAUCAGAGCUGCUCAAGUCAGUGCAAGGCCGAGGCGCCGUGCACUUGCUCACUAUAGGGGCCAGGUGCGUGCGGCUCCCCCUCUGCAACCGCACUCCCUCCUCAUCCGCACACCACCCUCUCUUUUUCACGUGAGGAGUCUGUUUUUGAGGCGCCUCAACUAUAGGGGCCAGGUGUGUGCAUCCCACACUGCACCCGCACUCCCUCCUCAUCCGCACACCACCCUCUCUCCCUCACUCCCUCUACUUUCCUUCGGCCUUAUGCUUAGUAUGUGUGCUCUCCGCCUACAAUUCCCUCGGUUUCCUGCCUACCUUUCUGGUCUGCAUCUGUCUUUUUCGCCAUUCGUGAACUCUGCGUUCAAGUCUUCUAACGGCCUUCUACGAAAGCAUGGCUUUCACGAAGUGUCUGCUGACGCAGUGCCUUCUCAACUGCAGUUGGAGCUUUCCUUGGCUCCUUUUGUUGCUAGCUUUGCUGCUGGCGAUAGGUGCCUUUGCAUGAAAGCAGUAGUGUAACGUUUCAAGACAACUACCAUACUUGUUUUUGUUGGAAGUAUUGCUUGAAAACAGGGUACAAACAGCGAGCCA